AUGUGUAGACCGGGUCACAGUGGACCUACCCAUGAGUCCCUACAGGAAGUAUUCGACAGGAAGGCGUUCAGACCUGCGGUGAACCUGAGUAACCCCACCACCGCCAACAUCUCCUUCACUCUGUAUGCUGUUCUUGGAGUGAACGAGAAGACUCAGAUCCUUACCACGUUCCUCUGGCUGCGCAUGUACUGGUUUCAUGAGUACCUGAUCUGGGACCCUGACAAGUGUGAUGGGAUCAGUAAGAUCUCACUUCCCGUAAGCAACCUCUGGUCACCCGACAUCAUCGUCUAUGAGUUUGUGGAUGAUGAUGUGUCUCAGGCAUGUCCAUAUGUUUAUGUUAACCACACCGGUCACAUUCGGUAUGACCGGAUGCUUAGAUUGGUCACAGCUUGCAACCUGGAGAUCUUCAGUUUUCCGUUCGAUGUUCAAAACUGCACCUUCACCUUUGGCUCCUACAUGCACACAAUUCGGGAUGUGAGGUUGAAGCCUGCACUCCCAUUUGAGGAGAUGUCAGGAAAUUCGAAGCGUUACCUGGAGGACAGUGGAGAGUGGGAGCUGGUGGUGAUUUUGGGAGAUGAGGGAAUUCUUAAAUUUGGUAUAGAUGAAUGGGACAUCAUAACCUUCUGGGUGGUGGUAAAGCGUCGGCCAAUCCUGUACGUGGUGAACUUGCUCAUCCCGAGCUCCUUCCUCAUGAUUAUUGAUAUUCUGUCCUUCUAUUUGCCGCCUCACAGCGUUGACCGCGCCUCGUUUAAGAUGACGCUGAUCCUCGGUUACACUGUUUUCCUUCUCAUCAUGAACGACCUCCUGCCGAGCACAGCCAACGGCACACCAAUCAUCGGAAUUUAUUUCUCUGUGUGUUUGGCUAUGAUGGUCAUCAGUCUGCUGGAGACCGUCAUCAUCACCAACGUCCUUCAUCACAACUCCAUGAAGUACCGCCCAGUUCCUCAUUGGGUCCGAAUGAUCGUACUGAAAUACAUCGCUCAACUCAUCUGUUACAGUGAUCCCGACCUCACACACACACAACGCAAAAUCCUGGAACAAGGAGAGGUCUGGAGCACGCAACAGACACGCAAUGACACUACACAGCACACACAUGCUAACGUGGGGGUGUCCCCGCUGUGUGUCCCGGAGCUGGUGGAGAUCAGUGACUGUGUGCGAGCGAUUCGCUCUCACCUCACCAUGCUGCAGCGAGAAGAAGCUCUGCAGGAUGAAUGGUGUCACGUCGGCUACAUCCUCGACUUCCUGUUAUUCCGUGUCUAUCUAAUGCUCAUCACUUUCUAUGCCUUCGUUAUCAUUUUCAUGUGGUGCAUAUGGAUGUACCAGUGA